CUGUUGCUCAAAACGAACUCAGCAACCCUUUCCUUUUUGCCCGUAUAUAUAAACUCGGCCGAUUUUUUUUAUUUUGUAAAAAAAAAAAAAAAAAUCAAAAUGGCACGAAAAAAGUCAAAAGAAAAAGACAACGCAUUACCCAUUGCAGACAAUGACAAAAAGAAAAAAGAAUCAAUUCCUAUGUACAAACUGUUUCGCUUUGCAACACCUAUGGAGCGUAUCUUGAUUUUUGUUGCUUUUAUUUGUUCAGCAGCAGGUGGUGCACUUAAUCCGGUGUCCAUUAUUAUUUACGGUGCUUAUAUUUCUAACUUGACAGGAAAUUUGGGUGAUACCAGUUCAUUGUUACCUAGUACAUUACCCGUCAUUCAUACCAUGACCUAUAUCGGCACAGGCGUACUUGUUGCGUCUUAUGUCUCCAAUUGUCUCUGGAUCGUAACAGGCGAAAGACAAGCUCGACGUAUUCGUACUCUUUAUGUUCAUGCUGUGUUGCGUCAAGACAUGAGUUGGUACGAUAAAGCAGCAGAAGGUUCUCUCAAUACUCGCUUAGCAACAGACACACAGUUGAUUCAAGAUGGCAUUUCCGAGAAAUUUGGUCAACUUGUCAUGCUGACAGCACAAUUUGUUGCAGGAUUUGUCGUUGCUUUUAUCAAAGGCUGGCGACUUGCAGUCAUCAUGCUGGCAGUUACACCACUUCUUUUAGCAGCAGGAGGAGCUAUGGGUUUCUUUAUUACCAAAUAUACCAAGAAAACGCAAGACACAUACGCUUUAGCUGGUGCAGUAGCUGAACAAGUCUUUAAUUCGAUCCGUACUGUCUAUGCUUUCUCUCUACAAAAUCGGUUUUCUGAGCGCUAUGAAAAACAACUUGAGAGUGCAUGUAAGACAGGCAUUCGUCGAGGCCUGAGUCUUGCAUUAGGUUUCGCAUUUUUUAUGUUUUCUCUGUUUGGUAUUUAUGCCAUUGCUCUCUGGUACGGUUCUAAACUUGUGGGCGACGGUGCUCUUACAGGGCCUACGGUUCUGGUCGUCUUUUUGGCCAUGAUCAUGGGCUGUACAAGUUUACUUCAACUGCCCUCCAAUUUAUCUGCUGUCUCCACUGCUUCUGGUGCUGCCUACAAAAUCUUUAGUACCAUUGACCGUGUUCCUGACAUUGAUCCUGAUUCUGAUCAAGGCGUUGUUCCAGACACUCUAUCAGGUGCGAUCGAAUUCAAAAAUGUCAUGUUCAAGUACCCUACACGUCCUGACUUGACUAUUCUUCAAGAUCUAUCACUUUCGGUCAAACCAGGCAUGACGAUCGCCUUUGUGGGUCCAUCUGGAUCCGGUAAAUCCACCACGGUUCAGCUUCUGCAACGAUUUUAUGAUCCUCUGGCAGGCACCAUCACGUUAGAUGGUCACGAUUUGAAACAUAUCAAUGUACGUUGGUUACGUCAACAAAUAGGUGUUGUAAGUCAAGAACCUGUCUUAUUUAAUACUACCAUUCGACAAAACUUACUCUUGGGUACCAAUAAAGAAGUCAGCGAACAAGAGGUGAUCCAUGCUUGUAAAGAAGCCAACUGCCAUAUGUUUAUCAGUCAACUUCCUCAAGGUUAUGAUACGCUUGUGGGUGAGCAUGGCGGUAUGCUUUCUGGAGGUCAAAAACAACGUAUAGCUAUUGCUCGCGCUAUCCUCAAGAAUCCUACUUUAUUGUUGCUUGAUGAGGCUACAUCUGCUUUAGAUACUCAAUCUGAGCGUCUAGUACAACAUGCUCUUGAUCGUGCUGCUGUUAACCGUACUACCAUUGUAGUUGCGCAUCGCCUUUCUACCAUUAUCAAUGCUGAUCUCAUUGUUGUAUUGGAUCAUGGUGAGAUUGUAGAACAAGGCAAACACAAUGACCUCUUGCAAUUAAACGGUGUCUAUGCAAACCUUGUACGCAAACAACAAAUCGAUACUCAAAAGAUUGAAGAUGUUACAGACAAUGCUGCCCAAAAUAACUCGGAACUCGAUACCGAAAAGCUGUUGGAACAAGAACAACUUGAAGUACAACAACAAGCACAAGAAAACCAAGGCCUUGAGGAAACCCAUAGUCAUAGUACCAUUGGCAAUGCACUUCAGGAACAACCUGACGAGAAAAAAGAAGUUAACAACGCAUUCCAUAGUCGCCAUAGUUCUGUCACCAUCAAUGCCUACGACCUCAAACUCAAGCAAAAGAAAGAAGAAAAGAAAUCCAUGAAGAAACAAAAAGCACCUGUCUUUAGGGUAUUUAUGCAAAUGCGCCCUGAAUGGAAAUUGAUUGCUACUGGUAUGAUCGGUGCUGCUAUUGCAGGUUCUGUCUUUCCUAUCUAUAGUUUCUUGUUUGCUAAAGUGAUUACGAUUAUCAGUGUGCCCGGUGGUAAUGUGAAUCCAGGACCUAUGCAAGGCACCAACCUGUAUUCUUUUCUUUUCUUUGUGCUUGGUAUCUGUGCCUUUAUUGGUUUUGCUGCUCAACUCUUAUCGUUUGAAGUAGCUGGUGAACUCUAUACCAAACGCCUCCGCUCUCAAAUCUUUGCUGCUUAUAUGCGACAAGAAAUCGGUUAUUUUGAUCGUGAAGAAAACAAUGCAGGUGCUCUCACGUCUCGACUGGCAAUUGAUGCUCGUAACGUCAAUGAAAUGGUAACUAAAGUCUGGGGCGAUGUGACUCAGCUUUGCGUUACGCUUAUUGUGGGUCUGGUUAUUGCUUUUGUGUAUUCUUGGGCACUUACUUUAAUUAUUUUGUGUUUGGCUCCCUUUCUGAUGGCAGCCACGGGUUAUGAGGCCAAGAUCCAUCGUGGUUUUGAAGACAAGACAAAGAAGGCCAAUUCUGAAAGUGGUGAAGUAGCUGGUGAAGCAAUUCGUGAGAUCCGUACUGUAGCAGGCCUCAACAAGCAACAUCAUUUUGAAGAGCGUUACUUUUAUGCCACAGAUCAUCCUCAUCGCCUUGCUCAACGUAAAGCCUACUUUUCAUCAAUUGGUUAUGCUCUGAACCGUGGUAUCACGAUUUAUACUUCGGUCGUUGGCUUCUAUGCUGGUGUUCGCUUGAUUAUCAAUGGAAAUAUCAAUUUUGAGCAAAUGUUUACUGCCAUGACCGUCAUCAUGACAGCCGCACAAACGGCCGGUAGAAGUUCCGUGUUUGCCAGUACGUUUGCCAAAGCUAAGUACUCUGCCAUUGCUUCUUUUAAUGUGAUUGACCGUCGUCCUGACAUCGAUCCUGAAUUAGAAGGAUUAGAGCCUGCUGUCGGUAGUAUUCGUGGUGAUGUUGAGUUUCAAGAUAUCAAAUUUGCUUAUCCUGCUCGUCCAGAUAUUCCUAUCUUUAAUGGCAAGUUCAACCUGAAAGGCAAAGCGGGUCAGACCAUUGCUCUUGUGGGUCCCUCUGGAUGCGGUAAGUCAACGACGAUUGGUAUGCUUCAGCGAUGGUAUGAUCCCAUGGAAGGCACUGUCUCUCUUGACGAAACCAACGUCAAGUCUUAUACUGUCAACAACUUGAGAUCACAUCAAGCACUUGUAGGACAAGAGCCUGUCUUAUUUGAUCUUGGUAUUAUUGACAACAUUUGUUUUGGUGUUGAUGAAGGAAAAGAAGUGACGCAAGAACAAGUAGAAGAAGCUUGUAGAGCAGCAAAUAUCCAUGAUUUUAUCAUGAGUCUUCCUGAGGGCUAUAAGACGCGUGUAGGUGACAAAGGCUCUCAAUUAUCUGGUGGCCAAAAACAACGUAUUGCGAUUGCCCGUGCUUUGAUCCGUAAACCCCGUGUGUUGCUGUUGGAUGAAGCCACUUCUGCCCUUGACAGUGAUAGUGAGCGUGUUGUUCAAGAAGCAUUAGAUAACAUUCUUGAAGAAGGUGGCAGAACGACUAUUACCAUUGCUCAUCGUCUCUCUACUAUUCAGAACUCUGACUUGAUCUGUGUUAUCAAAGACGGUCGUGUUAUUGAACAAGGUACUCACUGGGAAUUGUUAGAAUUGAACAAUGUUUAUGCAGAAUUAGUACAUGAACAAUCCUUAUCAAUGCUUUAAUGUAUAUAGAGAUAUAUUUAGAUAUAAUACUAAUAACUUUCUUUUAAUAAACUACU